CUCCUUCCAUAACCUACUCGUGAACCCACUUGCCUGUUGCAGUGAUGUUUCUGUUAUUCAAAGACCUCUACUCUUCCACCCUUACCUGCUCAAGGGCUCUGUGGUUGGGCAUCAGUUGUUAGGACUGCUGGAUCAGGGGUUUGGGUCCACGGAUGGGGACCUGCAGCGAUCUGUGAGGAGGAACUCAGAGGCCAUGAUUGACUGGCACAAUGGCACAGCGCCCAGCCAACAGGAAGAUGAAUGGAGCACUGAGGAGAGGUCAGAGUGUGUGCUGGCUUACAUCCCUGUCAUCUACUACAGCGCUCUCUUGUGUGUAGGAGUGCCAGUGAACAUCCUAACGUUGGUUGCUCUUUCCCGGCUGGCUGUUCGUACUCAGAAGGCUCUGUACAUCUAUCUUCUGGCUCUAACCGGCUCGGACAUUCUCAGCCAGCUCUUCAUCAUCUUCGUGGGCUUCCUUCUUGAAACAGCCGUAUUCCACCGAGAUGUCCCUGUGCUACUGCUCCGCUCGGUUAGCAUGCUCGAGUUUGCUGCUAACCAUGCCUCUAUCUGGGCCACGGUACCACUCACAGUUGACCGCUACGUUGCUUUGUGCCACCCACUACUCCACCGCCAAAUCAGCUACCCAGCACGGGCUAGGCGAAUCAUUGUGGCGGUGUUCACAUUAGCACUUGCAUCUGGCGUGCCAUUCUUCUGGUGGUCCGACAUGUGGAGGGUCAGCCGCCCACCAAACAACAUGGAUACUGCUUUGAUCUGGACCCAUGUGACUAUUAUCUACUUUUUUCCAUGCAGCAUCUUCUUGGUUUUAAACUCCUUGAUCAUCUUAAGGCUUCGGAAGAGACAGCAGCAGCAAAUGUGCCAUGAUGAGAGUGGGCAGCAGUUGGCAGUGCCAGGCAAGCUAGGCAAAUCCACAGCUAUGCUGUUGGCAGUGACUUCAGUGUUUGCCGUACUGUGGGCUCCUCGUACCGGAGUGGUGCUCUAUCAUCUCUACGUGUCAUCAGUGCACAAAGAUUGGCGCGUGCAUCUCUCGUACGACCUAGCUAACAUGCUAGCCAUGCUAAACACUGCUGUGAAUUUCUUUCUGUAUUGUUUUGUCAGUAAGCCCUUCAGAGCAGCGGUGAGGGACGUCUUGUUAUUUCGGGGGGCCCCAUUGCACCCACGCCGGCCCCUUCAUCACCAGCGCACCCCUGCCAAUGCCUCCACAUCCUCUAUUUCCAGUGGCACAAAACGUUGUCAGAGAGAGGUCACCCCGCUCUCACCCAAAAGUGCACACAUCACCAUGUAAUCCUGCUCAUUUUUAAGUGAAGGAAUUUAGACCUCUCAUUUAAAGGGAUAGUCCAUAACAUUCUGCCUGACAUUUUUGGUGUUCCAUGAAAGAAAGAAAGUCAUAUGGGUUGGAACAACUUGAGGGUGAGCAAAUAAUGGCAGAAUUUUCAUUUGGGGUAAACUAUUCCUUUUUAAAGGUGAAGUGUGUAAUUCCUACACCAUUAGUGGCACUAAAUGGAAUUGCAAAAAAAAAAAAAAAAAAACGUGUCUGUUUCAAAACAGGUUUCCCAAACCAUAUGCUCAUAAGACAAAAGUAAUUUUUCAGUAUAUCCUGGACAUCUUCCAGUUAACUGUUCCACCAUCUCAGACAUAACCAUUACAGGAAAAACAUGUUUUUACACUGAUCUGAAUUUCUGUGUUAUUUAUUGUCCUGUCCUCUGCAGGGAUAAGAAAAAAUAUUUAUGACACAAAUAUAUUUGGCUCAACAAAUGAGUACUGUCAUGUUAUUUUCCAUAAAUGGCUAUCCUUAAAAGGAAUAGUUCACCCAAAAUGAAAAUUCUGUUAUCAUCAAAUCAUACUCACUCUUUUGUUGUUCCAAAUCCGCAUGACUUUCUUUUUUCCGUGGAACACCAAACUUGCAAUUUUUUAGAAAUCUUUUCCAUAUAAUAAAUGUGAAUCAGGAAAGGUGCUGUCAACCUUCAAAAUGACAAAAAGCACUAUAAAUGUAUCAUAAAAGUGAUCCAUAUGACUUGUGCACUAAAUUCCAAGCCUUCUGAAGCCAUAUGGUAGUACUGUAUGAUAAACGGACUGAAAUUGAAGUCAUUAUUUACUGAAAAUCUUGCCUCCGACUGCAGCUCUCAAUAUAAUUUGUGUCUACAUCCAUUGAAACGCCAAACCGUUAGUUUUUCAACUUUAGGUGAACUGUCCCUAUAAAAGGUGGUAUUUUGAAAUGUUAAGUAUAAGUGUCAUGUAUUUAGUAUUUUUUUUAAAUUGUUUCUCAUGCUGCAGGUGAAUGGGUGUUUCAACAGUAAUUAAUUUAAGAUCCUAAACAUGUAUAUAUCAUUCCUGCAUCAUUCCUCACUAUAAAAUGUUUGAAGAUGGCAAAUGUCUUCACAGUGUUAGAGUUUAAGUCAUUUAGUAGAAUUAAACCCACUGAAACAAAACUAAAGUGUAGAAUGUUAAUACAUUCUACACUUUAGAACUAUUCCAUAUGAGAAAGCACAUGUAAUUACUCAAGCAUUUCAUUUUCUCAUCAAACAAACGAAAGACAUGUUUACAUAAUGUUCUGGUCCAGACCCUUCUUGCAGCUGUAGGUUAUUUUGCAUGACGACAUUAAACCCGUUCAAAGCCAGUUCAGUGAAGCAGAGCAAGAUGGUCAAGCUUUUUAACCCUGGUGAGCAAAGAGCAAAGUUGCUGGCUUAGCUGUUUAUUUUCAGUGCAUGGCGACUGGAUGGGACUUAAAAAGGGGAUUGGAUGUGGGAACAGCGAUUGAAGACACCACUGUACAAACAGACCGACCCCAAGGGCUCAUGAUCUACUAAACAAAGCCACUAGCACACACACAUGCAAACAACAAAAGUUUCCAUUUGUUUGAAUCUACCAGAAUCGCCAGAAUUGUUCUGCCCCACUAAAGUCAAUUAUAUUUCUUAAUUAUAUGAUCAGAUAUCGCACAGCACUUGCCAUUAAGAGAACCAAUUACAUCUUUAACUAUAAGAGCUUAGUAUAUAUGGAAAGGAAAAUUAGAGAUAAAAUGACCACAUUCUUGAUGUUUUCACUUACGCACCAGCCAAAUACAGUCUUUUAAUGUUUUAAGUAUGUGCAUCCCUUUUCCCAAGCAGAAUUAGUUUAAUUUCAGUAAAUCUGAUGGGAAUGGUGAAAUGGGGGAGAAUGCCUGCAAAAAUCAAAUAAAUGUAUCCUUGACUUUAUCUAGGGUAACUUUGCUCUAAGUAGCUAAAUGUCUUUUGAUGGCCUUUUUCUGCCUAAUUAUUCAAUGACGCAUACUCUCAGCUAAAAGGUACUUUAAAAGCCAGCUCUGAUUUAAUUAUGCUGGCAAAUUACAAAGGAGAGUCAGAGCAACAAAAAUGCACAGAAAACAAAUUACAUUAUAUUUCAGGGUCUUGCACUCUGCUUGCGUUCAAAAGCAGCUUGAGCUUUGGUUAUGAACUUUUCUCAUCCCCUUUUUUCUAUUUAGUGCACUUGUGUUUCUCAGCAACCGAUGUUGCAUCCUGUCUCUCUCUCUCUCUCUCUCUCUCUCUUUCUCACUCACUCACUCACUCACUCACUCACUCUUUCUCUCUCUCUCUCAUCCUCACUCUCCCUCCACAAUCGUGAGAGGGAGCCUCUGGCCCUGCAGAUGUUACCAGAUGUUGUCUCUUUGAAAAAGUCCCCUGCUGCCUCACAAACACAGAUGCCUGAGAAGAAAGCACAUCUAUCACUGAAGCCUUAAUGUGUGCAGAAGACAGACAGCAUAAGAGAAAGUCUAUAUACUUAGAGAGACUAUAAAAACCUGCUUUGUUUGAAGCCAGCUUUAACUGGAGAGCUUUGCUGUCUUUUCUAGUCAGACAUCCAUUUUGCCUCUUUUCCAACAUUAUCUGUUAAAGUCAACCAGUGGCUAUUUCUCAGGGCCAGCAAAGCCUUCUCUGCUGGCGUAACAUGCCUAAUAAAUUAAUAUUUUUUCAUCCUUUCAUUCUCAUUGACCUUUUUGCCUAUGUAUUUUCAAUUGCUUUCCACUCCUAUUUCAUCUACAAACAAAUAGCAAAAAACAAUAAGUUUAUCUAAUCAGAAUUUAUUCCUCGAUGCUUACAAGCAAUAUGUGACAACUGUUUCACAAAACGCUUGCCCGAAGCCAUGCUCCUUAGCCGAAGCAGCGCGUGAGUCUGAGCUCCACCCCUUUAGGCCUUCAGAAUUUCCACAGAAUCCCUCAACACUGCAAUGAACAGGCAUCUAAAAUCAGAUUGUCAGAUUCAUCAGCCAAUCAGAUUGAUUUAUUUGUUCUUGGUGGGUGAGGUCUUUAGGAUAUGUCCCAGUCCAGGCCUUCUAGAUGGCCUUGAGUGACGCAAUCACACUUUAAGUGAUGUACGUAAUUUGAAAUCAAAGAGCGCAAGAUCUUGCUGAUGAGUCGGCUGUCAUCACUGCUGUUAUUGCCGUUGAGAAGGAGAUACUUAUGGAUUUAAAAACCUGAGAUGUUCUGCAUGAUUGUGUGUGGACAUGUUUUUAAAAUGUCAAUUGGUAUUAUUAGUUGACUGCCAUGUAAUGUAUGAUAGGCAUACAGUGUCUUAUUCAUUGUGAAACUGUUUUCUUAAUGGCAUGAAUCACACUGAAAGCCUAGACUUAAAAUGCACGGGCCGCCACUGAAGUCACAUGAAAUGACAUUUGCAAUCAAAAGUGUCAUCAUGCCCAUUCAGACUUCCCAGUAUUAAAAACAAAUUAUACAUUUGAUCUGGUUUUGAACAUUCCUAUCUAUCCCCUUGCAUGCUAAAUGAAAACUGUACCACCAGAUUAUAGGCUACAUAUUAAACUUAAAUAAAGAACUGAUAAGAUGCUAAAAAGUGUUUUUUUUGACUUCAAUAAUGUGAAACAUUUCCAAGGGAAACAGAAGAUUAACUGAUUUUAUCCAUUGGGUAUUGAUUGGAUUAGGGUGUUCUUUUCAUGAAACAUCAGUGGCACCCAUAGACCUUAUUCACGCUAGUGCCAUCUUUGAUUUUUACAACGAGGCUGUGAGGGAUAGACUCACCAUCUCUUCAAUGGGCUGUACUACAGUUUAAAGUGUUUUUGGGUCAUUCCGCGGACAAAUCAUUGAUAAAAUAUCUGUCCAAGAACAUUCAGUAUACAAAUAACUCCAGACAACAUGAGUUAUGGAAAAUCAUAUGUGACCUAGGAGCUUUAUACAGCUUUAUACUGUUCGUACCAUUGAAGAGACGGUAAGUCUAUCCCUCACAGCCCAUUGUCAUUCCCAUUCCAAAGCUGGCGCUAGCGUGAAAAGGGUCUAUAGGUUGAAAGUUAUGCUGUUUGGGAAGGAUUUCACAGGCUGACUUUUUGAGGGAAGAUAAUGAAAACAUUUUUUUUUUACUUGGAAUAAUAUGCACUAAUCAUGCACAAUGGGGACCAGGAAUGUUUAUUAAGAAAGAGAAUCUGGUCAAUUUUGAUUUAAUGUUGACUAAUAAUUUUUUAAAAGCUGUUUUAAAUUAUCUACACAGAUAAAUAAAAUGACAUAAGAAUUAAUUACGAAUGCAAAACAGUUGUUUUCUUGUUGCUGUCUGCCAGAGAAACUGCAUCCCCAUUUCAUUAAUUAAAGAGUACACUACAGAAUUUGUCUGUAAUACAUUAUUGCCUUGAAGGAAUAGUUCGCCUAAAAAUUUAAAUUCACUCAUCAUUUACUCACCCUCAUGCUAUCCCAGAUGUGUAUGACUUUCUUCCUUCUGUAGAACACAAAUGAUGAUUUUCAAAAGAAUAUCUCUGCUCUGUAGGUCCAUACAGUGCAAGUGAAUGGUGACUAAAACUCAAAAAGGCAGCAUAAAAGAAAUCCAUAAGACUCGAGUGGUUUAAUCCAUGACUUCUGAAGCGAUCCAGUCGGUUUUGGGUGAGAACAGACCAAAAUGUAACUCCUUUUUCACUGUACAUCUUGCCAUUGCAGUCUCUAGGCACAACAUGAUUUCAAGCUCGAUUACACUUCCUAGUGUUUGACGCAUGCACAGAGUGCUAGAUGGCGCUAAGAAGUAUAAUUGGGCUUGAAAUUAUGAUCCCCAAGGAGAGAGAUGAUGUCAGGAUUUAUAGUGAAAAAUGAGUUAUAUUUUGGUCUGCUCUUACCUAAAACAUAUUAGAUUGCUUUGGAAGACAUGGAUUAAACCACUGGAGUUGUAUGGAUUACUUAUACAGUGGGGGAAAUAAGUAUUGAACGCGUCAAUAUUUAUUUCAGUAAAUAAUAACCGCUGAUAUUAAUUUGCACAGAUAGGAGGUAUAAUUACUUUCUAACUACUUACGGAUUUCAGCUGGUUCCUUGCCUUACCUUGCCUUGGAGAACUGCUUUUUCUUAGUGUCUUCAAUACUUUUUUCCUGUGUCAUUCCACUUUAUUACACAUAACUUUAUUUAUGGAUUUAACGUUGUGAAUUCUUUACAUUUGUGGAUUUCUUGAGUUAAUACUGAUGUCUGGUGAAAAUUUAAUGUGAAUAGCCUCAUUAAAAAUAUAUUUACUGAAAAAAAGGUUGAUGCGUUCAAUACUUAUUUCCCUCACUGUAUGCUGUGAUUUUUGGAGCUUCAUAGUUCUGGCCGUCAUUCACUUGCAUUGUAUGGACCCAGAGCUGAGAUAUUCUUCUUUAAAUCUGUUUCUGUUCUGUGGAAGAUGAGGAUGGCAUGAGGGUUAUGAGAGUAAAUGAGGAGAUAAUUUUCAUAUUUGGGUAAACUAUUCCUUUAAAGUCAUAUUUCACAUGUGUAAAAUAAAACAGUCCACUUCAACUCAUUGUACUAGUUCAAAGUUGCAUCUAAACAUGUUUCUCUGCAAUGUGAUGUAACGAUGUUGAACUUUACAAUAAUCCCAAACAAAAUGGCAUGUGACACUUGCAUGAUGCAUCAUCUUUUAGGGGUUGUGUUGUAAUUCAUAGUAAUGCUGUAUUGCAACACGCAAGCUUUCCUUUGUUUUGUGUAACUGAACAUGUGCACUGAUAACAGCUGUUGUAUUUUGAUCAUACUGAUCAGAAAUUAAAUGUCUUUUU